AUGAUUGUCGAUGCAUUCGCUUCAACCACUUCCUCUGCUCUCACUUCAACAACAUCAGCCCUCAGUUCAACAUUUUCAUCAUUAACUUCAAACAUUUAUCAUCCUUUAACAACAUUAGCAACAGUAUCGUCCACAUUAACUUCAUCAACUACUGCUUCAUCACGUACACAUAGAACUACAAUAGCAACACAUACAUCAGUACAUUCAGAAAUAUCAAUGAAUAGACAAACAUCAUCUGAUAACAUGUCAUCAUCAACAUCUAUUGAUUCUGAUGGUGUAGAUAAAAGUGAAAAAGAUGUUAAUAAAUUAACAGAAAAUAUGUUUAAAAAAGUUACAGAAUAUUUGAAAGGAGAAAUUUUAGAUUAUAGACUUUUGGAAAAUAUGAAUAUACUUACAAAAGAAAGAUAUAAUGAAAUGUCGUUUAUGGCACAAAAUUUAGUUGUGGAAAUGUCAAAAUUACAAGAAAUUUAUAGUGAUUUUGAACCAUAUGUUAAACAAAUAGAUGAAAUAAGUGAACAGGUUGACUUUUUAGAAAAAAAAAUAGCAAACAAGUUAUGCGGUAUUACUUUAGGUGUCGUUCAAAAAAAUCUAGCGAUCAGCAAUCAGCAAGUUGUUGUACAACCGUCAUCUGCUACUAUUUAA